CGUAAUUGUUGGGGAUGUGGUCCGCCUGCAGAGGAGAAACUUUCUGGAGGCUGAUUAAACUGCUUCCUUCCUCUGCCGGGGCACUGACAUGGAGCUGGAGGGUUAUAAAUAAGCGCAAAACAUUUUCUCCCACAACAAAAGCCAACGGACUAAACAGACACGACCGAGGCUGAAACAUGAAGGCUGUCGCGGGACUGUGUGUCGUCUGGUGGACCCUCCUGAUGGGAAGAACCGGCGGGACGGAGCCGAGUGGCGGGUACUGCAUCGGGAGCCAGUGUUUCACUGUGUUCCAAGAUCCCUGCGAUUAUGAAACCGCGCGGAGUCAGUGUGGAGAUCUGGGAGGACACUUGAUGACAGUGCGCUCGUCCGUGUCCCAUGAUGUUCUGAAUAUCUUGUUGGGAAACUUUACGGGCCGGUUCUGGAUCGGUUUACAUCUGACAGGCAGAUGCCCCGACGCUGCUGCCGCGCUGAACGGCUUCGAGUGGGUCACCAAAGACAGCGAGAGUGACUUCUUCAACUGGGCGUCACCUUUCGACAGCAGCUGCUCCUCCGGCCGCUGCGUCUCCGUUUCCCAAGCGGACGAGUUUCGGUGGACCCGGGAGCCGUGCGCCCAGCAUGCAGCCGGGUUCCUCUGCGAGAACAGAUUCAGUGAUGCGUGCAAAAGUCUACCGGCUGCAGAGGGCGAGUCUGUGAUCUACCGGACCCCAAUGGGGUUCGGAGGGGAGGAUCUGCUGUCCUUGCCCCCUGGAACCACGGCCAUCAGGAUGCCAGCGGAGACUACAUACGUGUGCUUCGCGGAGCAGUGGCUGAAGGCGCCCUGGACCUGCGAGGUACACAAGGGCGGGUGUGAGUACAAAUGCGCAACAAACCCCGACAAGGAGCCCUCCUGCUACUGCCCGCCGGGCCAGAUCAUCAACCCCGCAAACAAAGUCACCUGCGAGGAGGCCACAGAGGACCCGUGCCUCCCGCUGGGCUGCGCACACGCCUGCUACAAGAAGGGGGACUCCUGGGCGUGUAUGUGUGACCACGGCUUUAACCUGGCGGAGGACGGCAGGUCGUGCGUGGACUACAACGACUGCAAGGACGAGCGGCAGUGUCCCCCGGGGAGCUUCAAAUGCGUCAACACACCCGGAGGAUUUCGGUGCGUCUGCCAGGACGGAUACAGUCUGAGCGGCGCGCAGUGCGUCGACGACGACGAGUGCAUAUCCGCUCCGUGUGAGCACAUCUGCACCAACACCGUCGGCAGCUACAAAUGCUCCUGCUUUGAGGGAUACAGAGAGGACCCACACUCACCGAAUAAGUGCAGACUUCACUGCGGGAAACAGGAAUGCCCCGCAGAGUGCGACCCGAACGACCGGUACCAGUGCUUCUGUCCCGUGGGAUAUGUAUCAGAGGAGAGGGGCGAUGUGACGUUCUGCGUUGACAUAGACGAGUGCAAUUCCUAUUAUUGUGAUCAAGCUUGUGAGAACACAUUUGGCAGCUACGUGUGCUCGUGCUCUCGGGGGUUUACACUAGUCAGCAAGUACAGAUGCGUAAAAAGCGACGAUGACGCGGACUUGGACGGGUCCGGAGCGACCCCGACACCGGACAUCCCCGAGACAUCAGCUGUGCCACAUCCAGAGCCAACGAGGCAGCCCUCCGCCGUGACAGUGGGGGGUCUGGUGGGCAUCGUCCUCUGCACCGUCUUCUUCAUCGUGCUGGUGGUGUUUCUGGCUCAGCGCAUCCUCUGCGGCAGAGGGAAGACGGAGAGCGCCGAUGCGCUCAAGACUCGAGGCGACGAGGCGCACGGACUACGGCACGUGACGAGUGACACCUGAAGCGGCCGAGAGAGAGACGGCUGGAGCGCGACGUGUGAAUGUACAGGACAAGCCUCGUCAGCGGGUCUACACAGACUGUACCGGACGGGUUCGGAAGGAUGUAAAACUGAACAGCGACACAAUAACAACAGACACUUUACACUCACCACAGAAACAUGAAGGUCAUGAUGGAGGACUGGUUUCAUCUGCAGCUCAGCUCACACAGCAAUGUAAUAACACAAUGACAGAGAACUUUGUUUUUUAGAAAGUUUGUUUAAAGUUUGUUUUGAACGAUAAAAAUGUGAAUGAA